AAUCGGCGAGACAACUCGUUUGUUGCUGAUCAAAGUAGCAAGACAUCGAUCAACUUCAAACAAUGAAAGAAGACCAAGGGUCCAGCCAAGUGGACAAAAAUAAUGGCAGAGACGGACGGCGGCGGUCAGGUCAGUGGCUGAAUUCGGCUGUCAAACAUGCUGAGCGAGAAAGCGCUGGAGAAAAAGAACAAUGCAAAGUGGACGUCAUCGAUUGUCCGAGUGAAUGUUGCUCACGUUGAUCACGUUUGCGCUCGAGCCGUCAGAGCAACGGCACAAGAGCACGGCCUCGAGAGCAAUUUGGCAAAAGCAGAGAAAUAGAUGGAAUAACGAGACGCUAUUAUCAUUAGUCUGCAAAGUAUUUAUUGGCAUCCAAUCAAUGAUCAGUGUUGAGCUCGCCUCGUGAUCUUAUAGUGACGGACGGCCAAGUGACAACGUUGACCUAGGCAUGGAGCUCCACUUGCCAAUUUAGGAGGUUGCAGUUCAAUGCAGAUGUGGCAAGCAGCUUUUGAAAGAAUCCUCGUUGCUUUUCAAAGAUGUCAACAUGACAGCCAUUCAUUGUUGGGAACAACCUUUGGGUGCCCUUUCGUGUUUACUAGGCCAAAGAAUGAAAAGAGCAGGUCCUCCUCUUUUGGGGGCGUUUUGUCCCCGCCCCCGUGCAACGUCGUCGGAUGGCAUUCAUUGGCGCGCUGCGGCUGUCAAUCCAAGGUGGGCGUGGCCAUGUGCCAAACGCCACUUCCAGUAAAAGUGCUCACAUGCGGCUCGGCCGGCGCACACAGUCAACAGGCUGGACCGACCGACGGACGGACGGACGGACGGAAAGAAGGAAGGAAGGAAGGAAGGAAGGAAGGAAGGAACGAAGCAAGGAACGAACGAAGCAAGGAACGUACGAACAUCGACGCGACGCGACGCGCCUGGACGCCGCGCUCUUCAACGCACGUCUUUUCUUUUUUGACGCUCUUUUGGACACUUUUUGCACACUUUGAUUUUGCCAAGCGCUUUGGGAUGUAACUUCCAAAGUUGAGUGACUUUCUGCGGAGCUCGCGCGUUUCCCGGACAUUUGUUUACUUCGUUUCGUUUUUCUUCUUUUUAUUGUUGUUGCCGCCACCACCACCAUCGAGAGGGGAGCAGAGUAACACCCCUUCCCAUCACCCUCUCGACCACCAUGGCGGAAGCGGCCCAGCAGCAGCAGCAGCAGCAGCCACACCUGGUGGACAUCGACCCGGACUUCGAGCCCCUGGCCAGACCCCGCUCGUGCACUUGGCCUUUGCCCCGGCCGGAGUUUGGCAAUCCGGGCGACUCCAACACCUCGUCGCCGGUGCCGUCCAUCAAGCAGGAGCCCGCCGGCAAUGAGUACAUCAGCAACCUUAGCCUACUGGAGGAGAACGAGGACCUGUGCGGCGACUUCCAGUGUCAGGAGACGUGCGUCCACCAGCAUCCCGCACCCCGGCCGCAGCAACAUCAGCAGCAGCAGCAGCAGCAGCAGCAGCAGCAGCAGCAGCAGCAGCAUCACCCCAAUCCCGCACUCCAGCAGCAGCAGCAGCAGCAGGUGCCCCUGCUCUCCUCCCCGGUGGCCAACUCGUCAUCCUCGGCUGCCGCCCAGAGGAAGAGCAGCUCGUCCCGGCGGAACGCCUGGGGGAAUAUGUCAUACGCGGACCUCAUCACCAAAGCCAUCGAGAGCUCCCCGGAGAACAGGCUCACCUUGUCUCAGAUCUACGACUGGAUGGUGAAGAAUGUGCCUUAUUUCAAGGACAAGGGGGACAGCAACAGCUCUGCAGGAUGGAAGGAUUGGCGAUUGGCCUUCGGGGGAACCUUUCCCGCCGCCCAAAAGCAACAGAACUCCAUCAGGCACAACCUGUCGCUGCACAGCCGCUUCGUCCGCGUCCAGAAUGAGGGCACGGGCAAGAGCUCGUGGUGGAUGCUGAACCCCGAGGGCGGGAAGAGCGGCAAGUCGCCACGACGACGGGCCGCCUCCAUGGACAACAACAGCAAAUUCACCAAAAGCCGAGGACGUGCCACCAAGAAAAAGCUGUCUCUUCAGGGCGGGCCGGACGUCGGCGGCGGCGGCGGCGGCGGCGCCGACAGCCCGGGCUCCUACAGCAAGUGGCCCGCCAGCCCCAACUCGCACAGCAACGACGACUUUGACGCCUGGAGCAGCUUCCGGCCUCGCACCAGCUCCAACGCCAGCACGGUCAGCGGGCGCCUCUCGCCCUUCAUGCCCGAGGACGACCUGGGCGAGGCGGAGCACAUGGGCUACCCGGGCGCCCCGGGGGGGCCCAAGAUGACCGCCACGCUGCCCAGCCUCAGCGAGAUGACGGGCUCUUUGGGACACGGCUCGGAGAACGUCAUGGAGAACCUCUUGGACAAUCUCAACUUGCUCUCGCCCAACAACUCUCAGGUGGGCGGAGGGGCGGGCACCCCCGGGUCCUCCCAGUCCUCGCCCAUGAUGCAGCCCAGCCCGGGCUACCCUCCUUACAGCUCGCCCAGCAUGCCGUCGCAGCCUCAGCAGCAGGAGUACCGCAAGUGCGCGUACGCUCCGGCGCCCAUCAAUGCUAUGUCGUCGCCCAUGCAGAGCCUGGCCGACGGCAAGGCCGCCUUCGGGCCCGCCUACGGCCACGGCUCGGUUCAGCUGCCCGGGCUCCUCAAGGAGCUGCUCACGUCAGACGCGGACCAGCACGGAGACCUCUUGCCGUCAGUGGACGCGGCGGUGUCUCAGUCGAGCGGCUGCAUGCUGCCGCCGUACAGCGGCCAGCACGUGGCCAAACUGAUGGCGAGGGCUCACCCUCACGCCCUGCCCCACGCCCACCCGCACGCCAUGAACGGCCGCCUGCUCAUGUCACUCAACCACGGCGGCGGCGGCGGCGGCGGCGGCUCGGCCCCUCUGCCUUCAGCCAAGAACCAGAUGCAGAUGGCGUACGGGCUCCCGGGCCACCUGGGCGGCGGCGGUGGCGGCGGCAUGGCGCCCGGCGGCUUCUGCCCCCUGAACACCAACGGAUACGGACGGCUGGGCCUGGCGCCGCCCCCUCACCCGGAGAAGCUGCCCAGCGACCUGGACGACAUGUCCAUCGAGAAGUUUGAAUUUGACAUGGAGACCGUCCUCCAUGAAACUCUGAUGGACGGCGACUCGCUGGACUUCAACUUUGAGCCCAUGGCCACCCAGCAAGGCUUCCCCCACGGGGUCAAGACCACCACUCACAGCUGGGUGUCUGGCUAGGAAGGAAAGAAAAAAGUACAAUCAAUGGGACGGACGGACUUUUGCUGUUUGCUGGAAAAUGUCUUGACCUUUAACAUUCCUGUUGAAUGGAGGACUUGAAGUGGCAGGAUGAUUGAGUGAGUGAGUGAGUGAGUGAGUGAGUGAGUGAGUGAGUGAGUGAGUGAGUGAGUGAGUGAGUGAGUGAGUGAGUGAGUGAGUGAGUGAGUGAGUGAGUGAGUGAGUGAGUGAGUGAGUGAGUGAGUGAGUGAGUGAGUGAGUGAGUGAGUGAGUGAGUGCCAAAUUUGCCUUAACUAAGGAGCAUUUCUCGACACACAGCGUCUGUUGACUCCUCUGCAAAGGUUGAAUCAAAGGCAACUGGACCUUCUCGGACUUUGACUUUCUCGUCCCUUUGUUCCAAAAGCUGUCCCUUAUUUUUGAGACACUGCCAGGUCUUGAACUGGUCACUCUGGGGUGCCUUCCAUUCCACCUUUCCAGCACUGUGAAUGCAUGCGAACCAGCAGAACGUCAUCAGCAAGCCAUCAGAAACCAUCAGAAGCCAGCCGCUCAAAGCCCAAAGAUUUCUUAGUGUCCUUCUCUUGAAUGAAUGUACACAACGGUUGUGUCCAAAGCGGGGGUGGUGGGCUGGCUGGCUGGCUGGCUGGCUGGCUGGCUGGCUUGCUGGCUGGCUGGCUGGCUGGGCAAUUGCGCUCCUCCGAGACCAAUAUCCUGGAUGUCUCCAACGGUCAGCUCGUCAUUUCGAAUCGGAGCAGGCGGACAUCAAACGAGUCGACGAGCCCGAUUGGCCGCCCCCGCCCAGCUCCAAAGACUACGCCGCGUUUACACAGCAGCAAGCAAAAAUCCAAUCUGGCUCCAAGAGAAAACUGGAUUCUUUUCUUUUUUAAAUUACAAAAUCAUUUUUGUAGUUGUUGAGCCCACGCCAUCUCUUCAUCGGACGCUUCUGCCUGUACAUAGCUUAAGAUUGUAUAUUAACAUUACAUAUUUACUCAAUUCUUUUAUAUAUAUAUAUAUACUAUAUGAGUGACAUAAAUUAUUGUGUUUAAUAUAGAUUUAUUCUAGUGCAAGACUUGCACUCAGAUCCUUAAUACCACAGAGGCCUAUAUAUAUAUAUAUAUAUAUAUACUAUAUAUAUAUAUAUAUAUAUAUAUAUAUAUAUAUAUAUAUAUAUAUAUAUAUAUAUAUAUAUAUAUACGCACACACACACACACACACACAUACAAACGUAUGUACAGUAUAUAUACACACACACACAGCUCAAGUCCAGCUGAGACGGUCAGAUCAGAUCCUCUCUUUGCCGGCCGGUUGCCUAUGGACAGACAAGCGUGAGUGGUGGCAGCUUUUCUGCCGAGUCGUGGUGGCAGCUUUUCUGCCGAGUGGUGGCAGCUUUUCUGCCGAGUGGUGGCGGCCUUUCUGCCGAGUCGUGGCGGCCUUUCUGCCGAGCCGUGGCGGCUUUUCCACCCGGUCACAAAUUAGAGGUGGCCUUGACGACAGAUGAAGCCGUCCCGCUGUUUGAUUUUGCGGCGGCGGCGGCGGCGGCGGCGGCGGCGGUUUAAAGAUACUGAACAUUUCAAAUGGGCUUGUUUUUUGUUAUUUCUUGAAAAGCCACCUUUAACUAAGCUGCUGUUUGGCUUUGUUGCCACAUGUCGCCUUUCAAACAUGGCCAAAUUUGCCUUUUAGUGACGCGUGAAUAUUUUUUAAAAAGAAAUUUAAAAAAAUGUCGAUUAUCACGUAUGGAUAUAUAUAGAGACAUAUAUCAUGUAUAUAUUUGUGCCGGUCACUCAAGUGAGAAUGAAUUGUUAUUGAAAUAAUGGGUUUCAAAGGAAAAUGAAAAAAAACAAAAGCUGUAAAUGAUAUUUUGACAUUUAAAAUGAUUCAAUCUAUGCAUUGUAUUCCUUACUUUGAUGUGGCUAUUGUUAUAUUUGGUUCUCUCUUUUUAUGACAGAUAUUUUAUUGUAGUAUACAUAGCGCUGUGUCGUCGUUUGUGUCGUUCUCGUCAAUCGUCGGGGGGGUGCAGUGAUUUCCGUGCUAAACUUUUGUAAACUGACAAUGUUGUUCUUGUAUUUAGCUGGUCUUUUCACAACACGCAAAGCUCAUUGUUAUCUUCACAUUUCUAUAUUGAGACUUUACAAUGCAAAGAAACAAACCGGUCGGUCUGUCUGUCUGGCUGGCUUGUUGUUCUUUUGUCAUUGUAUGCAUCAAAAACAAACAAGUGCACUUUUAAAUACAUUUUUAUCAAGAGUGCAAAAUGAUAAGAGCUCCCAAGAUAUUUUCAAGUCCAACUUCUGUUACAUUUAACUUAUAUACCACAGACGUUCGUUCGUUCGUUCGUUCGUGUGCUGUGUUGUUUGCAAUCAAUACAAUGCAACUACAGUAUGUUACUUGUUCAAUAUCAAUGUAUUCAAUCUGGAAUAAAUGUACUUAUGUGUUGAA